AACACCAGCCUGCCUCUCGUCUCCUACAGGACUGCCCUUCGCCCAUCCACAGUACACCUGUGUGUGAGGAACAGAGUGUGUGUUUGUGUGUGUGUGUGUGUACUUGCACGCCUGCUUGACCCGAGCGCGCAGUGUUGUUGUGUAGGAGUGCGUGUGCAUCUGUGUUGCGAUGUCGGCGGAGCUUCUGGUGGACCUGGGCGAGGACGCGCUGGCCCCCGAGUUGGACCGCCUCAAGCUGUCCCCCCUGGAGGACCAGAAGUGGCCCCCGGAUGCGUUGGCCAUGAGCAACUCUGAGAUGGAGAUCUCUCAGAGCUUGGCCGCGGGCUCUCCCCACCUGGCCUGGGACCACCCCUUCUACGACAUCGCCAGGCACCAGAUCAUUGAGGUGGCAGGCGACGACAACUUUGGCCGGAAGGUGAUUGUGUUCAACGCCUGCAGGAUGCCCCCGCACCAUGAGCUGGACCAUAAAAAGCUGCUGAUGUAUCUGAAGGGAACCCUGGACCAGUACGUGGAGAGCGACUACACGCUCAUCUACUUCCACCACGGGCUGACGGGCGAGAACAAGCCGUCCCUGAGCUGGGUGCGAGAAGCCUACAAGGAGUUUGACAGGAAGUACAAGAAGAACAUCAAGGCCCUGUACAUCGUCCACCCCACCAUGUUCAUCAAGACCCUGCUCAUUCUCUUCAAGCCUCUCAUAAGCUUCAAGUUUGGGAGGAAGAUCAACUACGUGAGCUAUCUCAGCGAACUUGAGGACGUGGUCAAGUGCGACCAGCUUGUCAUUCCCGAACGGGUCCAAGAGUAUGAUAAUAAACUGCGGUCGUCUCUGAAGCCGUCUGCCCAGCCCCCCAUGUCUCCUCCCCGCAGCACCCAACUGCCAAACCAGCUGUUUGGGGUCUCCCUCGCUGUGCUGCGACAGAGAUCCCCAGAUUGUGAUCCAGUUCCUGUUGUGAUGAAGGACACCAUCAGCUUCCUGUCGGAGCGAGGUCUGGAGAUCGAGGGAAUAUUCCGGCGUUCUGCCAACGUCACGCUGGUGAAAGAGGUCCAGCUCAGAUAUAACUCUGGCGAGGCGGUGAGCUUCUACGAGAUGGAGGACUUCCACCUGGCCGCCGUCAUCCUGAAGACCUUCAUCAGGGAGCUGCCGGAGCCCCUGCUCACCUACCAGCUCUACAACGACGUCGUCAACUUCGCAGCUGUGCCCAGCGAGAACCAGGUGGCGGCCAUGAAGGCCCUGGUGGCGACCCUGCCCGAGGAGAACUACGCCACGCUCCGAUACCUGGUCACCUUCCUGGCACAGGUGGCGGACAACAGCGAGAUCAACAAGAUGACCAACAGCAAUCUGGCCGUGGUGUUUGGUCCCAAUCUGCUGUGGGGGCGGGACAACGCCAUGUCACUCAGCGCCAUCGGACCCAUCAACAACUUCACCAGAACCCUGCUGGACCAGCAGCAUCUGGUGUUUGAGUAGAAAACCCCGCCCCCUUCUCUCCUCUGGCCAAUCAGCGUUGGUCUCAGAUAACAGCGCCUAGUCUCGAGAAAACCUGAUCCCCAGACCAAAUGUUCCAAGGGUACUUGUUCCUUGUAUCGCUUCGUCUGCAGCCCUGUUGUCAGGUGGACCAUAUGUCCUCUUAUUUGUUUUAGUAUUAGUUUGUUUAAUUUGGUAUUUUGUUGUGGUCACAAUUUGAAUUUGCAUUUGGUAGCCUUUUUUUCUAUUUGUUUUAAAGUUUGUGCCAAAUCGCCAUAACCGCCCUCCCUUUCGGCAACGUGGUUUUGACAGAAGAUAACCACUCUGUUAUGACCUAAACCUAGUCUCAAUCAAUCGCCAGAGAACCCCUGUAGCCACUCCACCUGGCUCAAUCCCUGAUGACCUUUGACCCCCGAGUGACCUUGAACCAGCCCCUCCCUACUUUUAUCUCCCCCCUGGACACUGUUGUUUAGGCAGCUGACCCCCCCCCCCCCCCCCAUCUUUAUUCCUCAUCUUAAAAAAAAUUACUUAAAAGGAGUCUCUAGUCUACGCAGGCGUCGAGAUCUGUGUACAUAUUUCUCGGUGUUAACUUCUCGUGUCUUUUUUCCAACUAGUAGAAAUCGGUAGAACCGCUUUCGGCGUUUAGACACCCGUUUUGGCGGUUUGUAUUCGUGUGUGUGUGUAAUCCCGGAGGUUGUUUCCGUGUCGUCGAGUCUUCUGGUGUCUUCCUCUGCUUCUGUGUGUAACGCCAAAAAAAACAUAGAAACACGAUUUUAAGCUUUGUCCGCCCGACUGGAGCGUUCGUAGACGAGGAGGUUCUGUCGCGUGUCUUCUGCUACGAUCAGCUGGUAGAGUCAUGGGUUUAGUUUCAGUUUCAGUUUUUUUCUUCUAAAUCAUUUUCUUUCACCUCAGCGUCGUUGCAUUGGCUUUACAUUUUAGCUUGCUAUGUGGACUCCAUAGAUAUUAUCGGCCCUUUCGGACACUUUGAUUCGGGGUGUUUUCGACGACAGCUGAUGUGUUGUCACUUGGUUGGUGGUACCCGGGACCAAAAAAUAGUACACAUCUUAUGAAAAAUAUAUGAAUUUGAAUUUG